CACAAUUUGUCAAAAUGACAUAUUAUAUCACUUGUCUUAUAGUACCUUCUCUUUUUAGAUUCCAGGAAGCCUUCGAGGUCCUGAAUCACUCCCUGUCAGAAUAUCCCUAUAUGGUCUUGAUAGGAACCUACACAGAUCAGAGUUUCCAGCUCACAUCAGCGUGUGCAGGUUGCAUCCUGACCAGAAGGUUCAUUCUCACUACAGCUCACUGCUUCAGAGCAGAGGAAAACUGGGUUGCUUUGAUUGGUACAGUGGCCCACGAAAAAUAUGCUGCAGUCUUGGAGAAAUGGAUACUUCAUCCUCACUACAUCGCUACAGUUGACGCAACGUACAACGACAUCGCACUGACAGUCACGGAAAAAUUCAUAGAUUUCGAGAAAAACAUGGUGAAACCGUUGACGAUAAAACCUCUCAACAAAGAUUCUCUAGAAUACGAUCUAUCGUGUAAAAUGAUCGGUUGGAAGACUGCAGACCCAGAGACCUUGACUGUGGAUGUAACCUCCAGCGACUACAUCGAUCAGGCAACAAACCUAGCCACCAUUUACAGCCUGAAGAAGACCUUCCUAUCACCCAGGCAAUGUUCGUCGCUGAUGAAUCUGAUACCGGAUGUGAAUCUCAUGCCGGAUGAGAGCUUCAUGUGUGUGAGGCAUAAAGAGGACUUCUUCAAUGACACGCAGUACGGUUUCAUCGGCAGUCCUCUGCUGUGCAUAGAAGACGAACACGACGAGGAGUGGACGCUGAUGGGGCUGAAGUUGAAUCAGAGGAACAUAGAGAAUGGUAUGCCUGAAUUUUUCGUUAAUGUGCACCGUUUCGAGGAGUAUUUGGAGAACAGGAUGAAGAACCCUGACACUGAACCGUAUAAGUAUUUUUGUCACGUUGGUGUUUGUAAUGCCAAAUACAGCGUGUCCGGAGAGUACUGUCUUGUAGGAGACACAGGAGGCUGUUAUAAUGAGGAUUUUUUAUACAGCCUUCAUUUCCCCAACAAAUUGUUGGGUAGUGGAGUACCCAGGGUGUUUUCAGAUUUGACAUGGACAGUUGUAAUUUUUUAUCUCGUACUUCUGCUAUUGAUAUAGGGUGAUAAAUGAUGAAGAUUCAAAUUUUGAUCCAUUCGGUGCAUUAAAAAUUGGAUGGUCAAAACUCCAUCGUACCCAUAUCAAGCUGCUUCCAGGUGAUCGAGAACCCUCUGGAAGACCGUACAAACUGUACAUUUCACUGGAAUACAAGUUUUUUAACCACUACAUGUGUAUCGUGACUUCUGGCACUCAGAAAUGGCUUUAUCUUGUAGAUGAAAUACAUGCUGUGUUAAAUUAGCUGUAAAAUAGAUACUGAGAGUUAAUAGUAACCUCACGAUCAUUUUUCUUGUCAUCGGCAGCAGAAUCUGAGAUGGUUUCAAAGAUGUUAUCACCAUGAGUUGUUCAGAUUAGCUACUUUUAUCCAAAGAAUCCUUACUCUGUAUUUUUACCUCUACCAAUCUC